AAUAUCUCUCUCUCUCUCUCUAGGAUUUCUAUUUCUCCCGCGACAACGACGACGACGACGACGACGACGACGAAGAGACUCGAAGAGGGAAAACCCUAAUUAGGGUUUGGAGCUGCUUCGAUCCCUGGAGUUAGGGCUCGAUUCUCGGAGUCGGGGGGGGGGAGCAAUUUCCCCCGAAACAAUUUCGCAUCGGAUUCGUAGAAUCUAGGAUGCGAAUGGAUCGAGAGGAGGUACCUGAUGCGGCGGCGGGGAAGGGCGGCGGCGGCGGCGGCGGCGGGGGGAAGCGCGGCGUGCAGAAGCUGUUCAAGGCGGCGUUCAAGCGCGGCGACGCGUCGGCGGCGCGCGUCACGGCGUGGGGCGGCGGGGACGAGUCGGAGUCAGCGCGGUCGGGCUCCAGCUCCGGCUCCGGCUCCGGCUCCGGGUCCAGCUCCAGCGGGGCGGCGCGGCGCCACCGCAGGGCGAGCCACGACGACGAUCGCUCCUCAGAGCGCCACAGCGGCGAGCUCGAGGGUUCAAAUGGCUCAAAGCUGCUGCUCGCGCUGCGGAAUGCGAAGAUCCAGUAUGCGAACGAGCCGUAUCCUUGGGAGAGGAAGAUGCGGGAGCUUCUGCCUCUGCCGAGCUCGAGCAGCUUCCUCUCGCUGCUGCUCCUCCCGAAAGCUUCUGAUCCAUCCGCAUCGCACUACAACUCGCUGGAGGAUACGUUGGCACGGGCCGAUACAUGGCUCACGGCGUCGCAGGCAUCCGGCGUGCCCAUCAUGUUCAUGAAUGUUCAAACCGAGGCCCUGCUCACAAAGAUCUCUGGAGAAACCGCGUCGUCGACGGUGAACAUGGGAUCGCCGGCAGAUAUGGCGAACAUGGCGAACGUGAGCCUCUACGGGUUCGAGGACUACCACGGGGUCGACAUCGGGGUGGUGCGGGCGGUACGGCUGUGGUACACGCCCGUCGCCGGCGAGACCGAGCUGGAGAUCACGCUGCAGCAGGGCGACACCAGGCUCGGCUUCGCCAUCAGCCGCACUGACGAGGGUUUCAUCUACGUGUCGUCGGUGGCGGAGGAGGAGGCGGCGGCGGCGGCGAGCUCCGGGACGGCGGCGGCGCGGUCGGGGCUCCGGGAGCUUUUCCGGGAGGCGCGGGGCGCGUCGAAGCUGCUGGUGAUCUCGCGCGUGGGGGGCGCGAAGGUGCUUCCGUGGAUGGUCUCGACGUGCGGCGCCGUCAAGUGCUUCGACACCGUCUCCCUCAGCCAGAAGCUCUCCCUCCACCUCCACGCCCUCCUCCCCAUCCGCCUCCACUUCCUCCUCUGGGCCCCCCCGCCGCCGGAGCACCCUGUCAACCGGGAUGAGCUCGAGCUCUCCUCGGGUUGUGCGGCUCCUCUGGGCCCCCCCGCCGCCCCCGCCGCCUCCCUCCUCUCCGGAGGAGGAGAGGGGGUUAGGGUUAGGGUUAGGGUUAGGGUUGGGCUUGGAGCGGGACUCGGUGGGGGACGCGUCGUUCAGGUUCCAGAACAUCUCGCUCCCGGAUAGCUGGGUGUAGUAGAGAGAGAGGCUCGGCUUCUUUUUUACGAAUACACCCCUGGAAACACCAUCUAUUUGCGCAGGUACCCUUCCCACUUCAAAAAAGUCCCACCAGGUCAAAAAAAAAAAA